AUGGCUCUCAAAAGAAUCCGAAAAGAACUGGAAGACCUGAAGCGCGACCCACCCGCACAAUGCAGCGCCGGUCCGGUCGGCGACGAUCUGUUUCACUGGCAGGCGACGAUCAUGGGACCACCUGACUCUCCCUACCAAGGUGGCGUCUUCUUCCUCACCAUUCACUUCCCAACGGACUAUCCGUUCAAACCUCCGAAAGUCUCGUUCACGACGCGCAUAUAUCAUCCGAACAUUAACAGUAACGGCAGUAUAUGUCUGGACAUACUACGUAGUCAGUGGAGUCCGGCGCUGACCAUCAGCAAGGUACUGCUCAGCAUCUGUUCACUACUCUGCGAUCCGAAUCCAGACGAUCCGCUGGUGCCGGAGAUUGCGCGCAUCUACAAGACUGACCGGGACAAGUACAACGAGCUAGCGCGAGAGUGGACUCGGAAGUAUGCGAUGUAG